AUUAGUUUUGUAAAUAUCGCCAAACCAAUCAGAAGCCGCGUUACAAUGCACCUGUUCGAAAAAGCUAAUAAUUCGCGCAAAUAUAAGGCACGCGACGAUCUGCGGACACAAGAACGGGCUCUUUCCUUUCAGUAGUAGAAAGAGUUUGAGUCUUGGCAUUUUCUUUCGUCAAAUCGUCUUUACUAGCAGCGGAUCACCAUGUCAACCGAUUUCUCUAAAGAUGAGGACUUUAAGUACCUCGCUAUUGAUCGCAAGGCCCUGCUGAAAGAACAACUCCCAUAUGAUGGCAAGAAAGCUUGCUGGGUCCCUGACGAGAAGGAAGGGUUCGCCCGCGCAGAAAUUGUUUCCUCUAAGGGUGACGAAAUCACCGUCAAAGUCGUGAGCAGCAAUGAGAAUAGAACCGUUAAGAAGGACGACCUUCAGCAGGUCAACCCACCUAAGUUCGAGUGCUGUGAUGACAUGGCCAACAUGACCUACUUGAACGAAGCCUCUGUGUUGAACAACUUGAGACAGAGAUACUUCCACGGCUUCAUCUACACCUACUCUGGUCUUUUCUGCGUCGCUGUGAAUCCCUACCGUCGUCUGCCAAUCUACCUGGACUCCAUCAUUAGCAAGUACCGUGGCAAGAGGAAGAUGGAAAUGCCACCCCACUUGUUCGCCGUCGCAGAAUCUGCCUUCCAGAACAUGUUGCAAGAUCGCGAGAACCAGUCCUGUUUAAUUACUGGUGAGUCUGGUGCCGGUAAGACUGAGAACACAAAGAAAGUAAUCAUGUACUUCGCCAAGGUCGCCGCUCAACUCUCGAAACAGACAGAGGAAGAGAAGGCAGCCGCCGCAGCCUCCAAGAAGGGUACCCUUGAGGAUCAGAUUGUGCAGGCUAACCCUGUACUUGAGGCUUACGGUAACGCCAAGACAACCCGUAACAACAACUCCUCUAGAUUCGGUAAGUUCAUCCGUAUCCACUUUGGUCCUACUGGAAAAAUCGCUGGAUGUGACAUUGAAACUUACCUGUUGGAGAAGUCUCGUGUAACAUACCAGCAAUCGGCUGAGAGAAAUUACCACAUCUUCUACCAGAUAAUGACACCAGCUUUCCCUAAAUAUCACGAAAUUUGUCUGCUGAGUGCUGACCCAGGACUUUACUCGUUCGUCAACCAAGGUGUGCUCACUGUCGAUGGAAUCGAUGACGUAGAGGAAAUGAAAGCCACUGAUGAUGCCUACGAUGUGUUGGGCUUCACACCCGAUGAGAAGAACAGCUUGUACAAGAUCACUGCUGCCAUUGUCCACUUUGGUGAGAUGAAAUUCAAGCAAGCUCCAAGAGAAGAGCAGGCCGAGUGUGAUGGCACAGCUGAGGCCGAGAAAGUUUCUAUUCUUAUGGGUAUGAACUGCGGAGACUUUAUCAAGGGUUUGUUGAAGCCAAAGAUCAAGGUCGGUACCGAGUUUGUCACCCAGGGACGUAACAAGGAACAAGUCGUCAACUCAGUCGGUGCUAUUGCUAAGUCCACCUACGCUCGUAUGUUUGACUGGCUGGUCAAGAGAGUUAACCAAACUCUUGAUACUAAACAAAAGAGAAACUACUAUAUUGGUGUAUUGGACAUUGCUGGUUUCGAAAUUUUUGACUUCAACAGCUUUGAGCAAUUGUGCAUUAACUAUACCAAUGAAAGACUCCAGCAAUUUUUCAACCAUCACAUGUUCGUACUUGAACAAGAAGAAUACAAGAAAGAAGGUAUCCAGUGGGAGUUCAUUGACUUUGGUAUGGACUUACAAGCCUGUAUUGAAUUGAUUGAGAAGCCUAUGGGUAUCUUGUCCAUUCUUGAAGAAGAAUGCAUGUUCCCCAAGGCCUCUGACAAGACCUUCGAGGACAAAUUAAUGACCAACCAUCUCGGAAAGUCAAAGGCCUUCGGUAAAGUCGUAAAGAGUAGAAAGGGAGGUGGCAAUGCUCACUUUGAACUGCACCAUUACGCAGGAGCUGUACCUUACAACAUUACAUCUUGGUUAGACAAGAACAAGGAUCCACUGAACGAAACUGUCGUUGGUAUCCUCUCACAAUCCAAGGAACCACUUGUAGCUGAAUUCUUCAAGCAGCCAGCAGCUCCAGAAGGCGGCGGCGGUGGCAAGAAGAAGGGAAAAUCAUCUGCUUUCCAGACCAUCUCUUCUGUACACAGAGAAUCUUUGAACAAACUGAUGAAAAACUUGUAUACCACUCACCCUCACUUUGUACGUUGUAUCAUUCCCAACGAGUUGAAGACACCAGGCAUGAUUGAUGCCGCUCUCGUACUUAACCAGCUUCAGUGUAACGGUGUACUUGAAGGUAUCCGUAUCUGUAGAAAGGGAUUCCCAAGCAGGAUUAUCUACUCUGAAUUCAAACAAAGAUACUCUAUCUUGGCUGCUGAUGCUGUGCCAGCAGGAUUCCACGAUGGCAAAGAAGUAACAACCAAAAUUCUGUCCGCUCUUCAGAUGGAUCCUAAUGAGUACAAAAUCGGAAGUACCAAAGUAUUCUUCAAGGCCGGUGUAUUGGGUAAUCUUGAAGACAUGCGUGAUGAACGUCUUUCAAAGAUUGUUGCCCUGUUCCAGGCCCAUAUCAGAGGAUACAUCAUGCGCAAACAGUACAAGAAACUUCAUGAUCAGAGAACUGGCUUAUCUGUCAUCCAGAGGAAUAUCAGAAAAUACAUGGUUGUGAAGAACUGGCAAUGGUGGAAACUGUACACCAAGGUCAAGCCUCUGCUUAGCGCAGCCGCAGCUGAAGAUGAGAUUAACCAGAUGAAGGAAGAGUUUUCUAAGACAAAGGAAGAGCUUGCGAAGGUUGAGAAGGUCAAGAAAGAGCUUGAAGAAAGAUGUGUUAUGCUCCAGAGAGAGAAGGAUGAUCUUAAGUUGGAAUGCUCUGCUGAACUCGACACUCUUGCUGACAUGGAAGAAAAGGUCGAAUGCCUUAUUAAACAGAAGGCUGAUUAUGAAAGUCAAAUCAAGGAGCUCGAAGAGAAAUGUGCUGAUGAAGAAAGCUCUGCUGCCACUCUUGAGGCUGCUAAGGCUGAAUUGUCAGCACAGGCAGCUAAACUCAGGGAAAGCAUUGAAGAGCUUGAGGGAUCUUUGAAAAAGGCUGAAACGGAGAAGCAAACCAAAGAUAAACAGAUCACUACAUUACAGGGUGAGAUGGCCCAACAAGACGAACAAAUAGGGAAAUUAAACAAAGACAAGAAAGGCCUUGAAGAAACUGUGAAGAAGACUCAAGAUGCUCUUGCCGCUGAGGAAGACAAAGUCAAUCACUUGAACAAGCUUAAGCAGAAAUUGGAAUCUACUUUAGAUGAGUUGGAAGAUAAUCUUGAACGAGAAAAGAAAGUCCGUGGUGAUGUUGAGAAGGUCAAGAGGAAGGUUGAGCAAGACCUCAAAGCAACACAAGAAAUGGUAGAAGAACUUGAACGUGUUAAGGGAGAGCUUGAAGGAAACAUCAAGAAGAAAGAAAAUGAAAUUAAGAAUCUUAACUCUAAGCUUGAAGACGAACAAGGUGUUGUUGCCCAACUCCAGAGGAAAAUCAAGGAACUCUUGCAGCGUAUUGAAGAGCUCGAAGAGGAACUCGAGAAUGAGAGACAAAACAGAGCCAAGGUCGAGAAACAGCGAAAUGAACUCAAUCGUGAACUUGAAGAGCUCAGUGAGCGUCUUGAUGAGGCUGGUGGUGCAACUGCUGCUCAAAUUGAAGUCAACAAAAAACGUGAACAGGAACUUCUUAAGCUUCGCCGUGAUCUUGAGGACUCCGCCCUUGAACACGAAUCUACAAUGGCUUCCCUACGAAAGAAGGCACAGGAUAGCAGCAAUGAAAUGGCUGAUCAAAUCGAUCAACUCACAAAAGUCAAACAGAAGGUCGAGAAAGAGAAGUCACAGUUGAAGAAUGAAAUCGCUGACUUGCAGGAUCAACUUGCUAAUUCUUCUAAGAAAGGAGGUAUGUCUGAAAAGAUGUCUAAGCAAGUCGAAUCUCAGAUCUCCGAACUUAACUCACGUCUUGAUGAAAGUUCACGCAGCAUUCAGGAUCUUCAAUCUACAAAAGCGAGACUCCAAACAGAAAGCUCAGAAAUUACCCGUCAACUGGAAGAAUCUGAGAGCAAGGUUAACCACUUGCAACGAGAGCGCUCAAACCUUGUUGCCCUUCUUGAUGAUGCUAAACGAUCAUUGGAAGAUGAAUCUAGGGCUCGCCAGAAACUUUCAGCCGAAUUGCGCAAUGCCCUUGCUGAUAUGGAUGCUCUCCGUGAACAACUUGAAGAAGAAAGUGAAGCAAAGUCAGAUCUCCAGAGACAACUUUCUAGAGCAAACGCUGAAGCUCAACAAUGGCGCGUCAAGUACGAAACAGAGGGCAUGGCACGUGCUGAAGAACUGGAAGAAAUCAGACGAAAACUUACUAGCAAACUCCAAGAAACUGAAGCUUCACUCGAGGCUGCUAACUCAAGGAUGAGUGGACUCGAAAAGGCAAAAUCAAGACUGCAACUCGAGCUUGAGGAUGCUGUAGUUAAUAGCGAUAGAGCAUCGUCUUUGGUUACCCAGUUGGAAAAGAAGAAUAGAUCAUUCGACAAGGUUGUUGCCGACUGGCAGAUGAAGGUUCGCAGUCUCCAAUCCGAACUUGAAAACGCUCAGAAGGAAAGCAGAAGCUAUUCUACAGAAUUGUAUCGUACAAAGACACAAUAUGAAGAGAUUGUUUCAACUGUUGAAACAUUGAGACGAGAAAACAAUAGCUUAACAAUUGAGAUCCAUGACAUCACUGACCAACUUUCUGAUGGAGGUAGAAGCGUUCACGAACAGGACAAAAUCCGCCGUCGUCUUGAGUUGGAAAAACAAGAACUCCAGGCUGCUCUUGAGGAAGCUGAGGGUUCUCUUGAACAGGAAGAAGCUAAGGUCACACGAGCUCAGCUUGAAAUCGCAAGCAUUAGGUCAGAGAUUGACAGGCGAAUUUCCGAAAAGGAAGAGGAAUUCGAAAAUACUAGACGCAACCAGGUCCGUGCUCUUGAAUCAAUGCAAGCAACACUUGAGGCUGAAACAAGAAGCAAAAACGAAGCUCUCCGCACCCGCAAGAAGCUUGAGAAGGACAUCAACGAGCUUGAGGCUGCAGUUGAUACCGCUAAUCGCGUAAGAGCUGAUAUGGAAAAGAAUGCAAAGAGGUACCAAGAACAAUGCAGAGAAUUCCAGUCUGCUCUUGAUGACGAGAGGCGCAAGACAAGUGAGUCUAUCGAGUCUGUUUCAAUUGUUGAGCGUCGUGUUACUUCCAUUCAGAUGGAAGCUAAUGAAUUGCGUGCAGCUGUUGAGGUCGCUGAACGAGCUCGCAAGGCAGCUGAAAAUGAGCUUGUUGAAACAUCUGACCGUGUAAACGAGCUCUCAUCUCAAAUUCAAAGCUUGUCAAGCCAGAAGAGGAAAUUGGAAACCGAUGUCAGUUCAAUGAGUAGUGAUCUUGAGGAAAUGAGCGGAGAAAUCAGACGUGCUGAUGAACAGGCCAAGAAGGCUAUGAUUGACAUGACUCGCAUGGCUGAUGAACUUCGUUCAGAAAAAGAACACAGCUCAAUGAUUGAAAAGAUGCGCAGGACUCUUGAAGUACAAUUUAGAGAAGUAACUACUCGUCUCAGUGAAUCUGAAUCCAAGGCUCUCAAGGGAGGCAAGGGACAUAUUGCCAAGCUCGAAAUGAGAGUCGUUGAGCUCGAAACAGAACUUGACAGUGAACAGCGCCGCCAUGCUGAAACACAAAAGAACAUGCGCAAGGCUGACCGUCGUCUUAAGGAACUCGCCUUCCAGGUAGAUGAAGACAGGAAGAACCAAGAUCGUCUCCAAGAUUUGAUUGAUAAGCUCCAGAAUAAGAUCAGAGUAUACAAGAGACAGGCUGAUGAAGCUGAAGAGGUAGCUGCCAUUAACUUGGCUAAGUACAGAAAGGUCACAGAUGAGCUUGAGAGUGCCGAGGAACGUGCUGACUCCGCCGAGAACUCCCUCCAGAAAGUUCGUCUUACAAACCGCAGUCUUUCUGCUUCACGUAGCACUAACAGCACAGUUGUUAAGCGAACAAAGAUCAUAACAAGCAAUGAAAUCUAAACACAAAUGGCUCAAUGAAAAGACGAUUUGAAAUUCCGCAUUUACCAUUCCUACAUACCAACCUAAAGAAACUAUGUUACUUUGAUUUCUUUCCUGCCAUCGAGAGUGAUAAAAUCGGACACAUGGAGGAAAAAGGAUUUUGUUAUCAUCAAUUGUACAAUAAUUGAAACACCUUUUAAAACUAAAGACUGUACCACAGUUUUACAGUGAUGUUGUUUGUUCAGUGUACCUUAUGGUUCAAUAAUCUUUGAUCAAUCGAGACACUACAUAAAAUUUAAAUGCCAAGACUCAUUAAUUUAUAAAAGAAAUUGCACCAAAUAGUGUAUCAGAAUAGACAAUCACUAAAUAAUCGUGUGUUUUAGUCUAUGAACUUUUGUUAGCAGAACCAAGUUGACUUUGUAUACUCUCCAUUUUGACAUCAGUUAUGUUUCUAAUGUCAACAGUAUGAUCUCUCGUAUGGUAAUUAUUUAUUUUAUUUAUUUUAUGGCUUGUUAAUAUAUCUGUGUAAAGCAUACGGCUUCUUUAAUGUUAGUCGUUUUGCUAUAUCAGAUUAUUUAAGUCUUUUUAUAUGCAUUUAACUUAAAUAAUAAAGAAAACAAUAAAACCCA